GGGGUGAGUGGGAGGAGCAUGUCCUUGUACACGUCUUGAGCUUGAGGCGCAGGGGGCUGUCGGGAAUAGGUUCUGGACAUCACCAACCACGUCUCUUAGGCAACAGGCAACUACAGCGUUGGAAGGAAAGUGCAGGAGACUCGGAGCCAGCCGGACUGGCAGACUGUCAGCAACCUCCCCAGCAUAUGCUUGCAGAUUCGGAACCAGCCAAUCCUACCCUAAGAAGAGCUCAUCUUUCCAAUGUGGAAGAGGACACGAGAUGACAAUGAGGAAGACAAACACCAUGCUCCUCGUUCGAAGAGGAAUAAGAAGGACCAGGGCUUCCAGGACCCAAACGAUAUAGAGUCGUCAAGCAGUGGUAAUGCAAGGAGCCACAUCGGCAUCAAUAACACCAGUCGAGAAAGUAUGCCUGAGAACAGCUUAAACCAGAACAUGGCUGAACUUAACUCCAAUAUCCCCGAGUUCUCCCAGGAGGACUAUGCAGUGUGCCAAGAUCAAGGUCCUUACUCCCAUAUUAACCAGAUCUUGAAGGAGGCUCAUUUCUACAGCCUACAGCAGAGAGGACAAUCUCCGAUAUGAUGACCUAGGUGCUCCUCAUCCCUUGUUUAUAAAAAUCAAUGGCAUUCACUCAAAGCA